UAAUAUUGUUACAGAAAAUGUCACAUUUCCAUAAUGUAUUUUAUUUCCAGCAGAUGGACACACAAGCAGGAACAUCUCAGAAGGACAUCUAAUGUUACCCCCGGAUUAUGACAUAAAAGAUAAUGACAGAAGACAGGAUUCUCCAGGAGAUAACCCCAUUACCCCAAUUAUACAUCCAGCCCUAUCAGCUGAUCCCUCUGAUCCUGGGAAAUGUUCUCCUGAUCACUCUGAUAUUGGGGCAUCUGUUACAGCUCUGACAGUAGAUACAGUGUUUCCCUGUUCUAUAGAUGCCAAAUGUUUUACACAGAACACAAAGCUCAUUACCCAUCAGCCAGCUAAGGCAGGGGAGAGGCCAUUUCCAUGUUCUGAGUGUGGGAAAUGUUUUACAUACAAAUCAGCUCUUGUUACACAUCAGCGAAGUCACACAGGUGAGAAGCCAUUCCCAUGUUCUGAGUGUGGGAAAUGUUUUACACUGAAAUCACAUCUUGUUGUACAUAACAGAAGACACACAGGUGAGAAACCAUUUUCUUGCUCUGAGUGUGGGAAAUGUUUUACACUGAAAUCACAUCUUGUUGUACAUAACAGAAGUCACACAGGUGAGAAACCAUUUUCUUGCUCUGAGUGUGGGAAAUGUUUUACACAGAACUCACAACUUGUUACACAUCAGCAAACUCACACAGGUGAGAGGCCAUUUCCAUGUUCUGAGUGUGGGAAAUGUUUUACACUGAAAUUAAAUCUUGUUACACAUCAGAAAAGUCACACAGGUGAGAGGCCAUUUCCAUGUUCUGAGUGUGGGAAAUGUUUUACAUGGAAAUCACAACUUGUUCCACAUCAGCGAAGUCACACAGGUGAGAAGCCAUUUUCUUGCUCUGAGUGUGGGAAAUGUUUUACACACAAAUCACAUCUUGUUAUACAUCAGCGAAGUCACACAGGUGAGAGGCCAUUUCCAUGUUCUGAGUGUGGGAAAUGUUUUGCAAACAAAUCAGCUCUUGUUAUACACCAGAGAAGUCACACAGGUGAGAAGUGGUUUUCUUGCUCUGAGUGCAGGAAAUGUUUUACACAGAAAUCAGAUCUUCUUAGACAUCAGCAAAGCCACACAGGUGAGAGGCCAUUUCCAUGUUCUGAGUGUGGAAAAUGUUUUUCACACAAAUCACAUCUUGUUAAACAUAACAGAAGUCACACAGGUGAGAAGCCAUUUACAUGUUCUGAGUGUGGGAAAUGUUUUACACGGAAAUCACAACUUGUUACACAUCAGCGAAGUCACACAGGUGAGAGGCCAUUUCCAUGUUUUGAGUGUGGGAAAUGUUAUACGCAAAAAUCAAAUCUUGUUAGACAUCAGCAAAGUCACACAGGUGAGAGGUCAUUUUCAUACUCUGAGAAAUAAAUCAGCUCUUGUUGCACACAGUAGACAUCACUCAGAUGAGGAAUCAUUUUAAUCUUCUGAAGUAUACUCAUUGCCAUGCGUUGUUUUUCAAGUUUCUUAUCCUUUCUCCUAUGUUUUUGUAAUAUACAUGUUACCACUGGGUGAAAUAAUUAGAUGUCAUGCCAUCAUCUACCACUGCUAUGCAGAUGACCUGUCUUUUGCUCCAGGUACUGAGAACCCAGUCCCAAUCCUAAAUGGUUGUCUAGCUGAGCUCCAGGUGUGGGUGAUGCCAGUUGGCUGUGACUCAGUCCUGGUGAAACAGGUCCAUAUGGUAGGAGCUCACCAACAAAGGGCAGGGCUACAGUUCAGCUUUGCAAACCAACCAGACUUACACUUGGGGGUUCAGAGUUACAAAAUGCUGAUCAUGUGCGGAAUCUUGGUGUCCUGGAUGGUGGAGUGACACUUAGACAUCAGUAUCUGCCACAAUCAGAUCCUCAUCUGAGGAACAUAGCCAGACUCCAGCACGUAAUUCUCUCAGAAGAUCUACCUACACUCAUACAUGUACUUGUAUCAUCAUACAUAGACUACUGUAAUGUCCCCUACCUGGGUCUCCCAGCAAAAGAAUUGCACCGCUUGCAGCUUGUACAGAAUGCAGCAGCCAGGCUGUUACCUAACCAGCCCGUUCCUGCCA